AUGGCAAGACCUAAUUUUAGUAGUAAUACUGGUCUACGGAAUAUAAAUCUAGAGGAAAUAUGGGCAGAUCUGGAAGAAGGAAUAAAACAAAUUUACAAACGCGAACAGAAGAUGGCUGUUCCCCGAUACAUGCAACUUUAUACACAUGUCUAUAACUAUUGCACAAGUGUACAUCAACAACCAGUUUUGCGAGGAUCGACAACGAGUAAGACGGUAAGACGGACUGGAACAGGUGCUCAGCAAUUGCCAGUUUCGGGCGGUGCUCAACUAGUCGGUUUGGAACUAUAUAAGCGCCUCAAAGAAUUUCUUCAAAAUUAUCUAAUUCAAUUGGAAGGAAAAGGAAUUGACUUAAUGGGCGAGGAUGUCUUAACAUUUUACACAAAGGAAUGGGAAGAAUACCAAUUUUCUAGUAAAGUGUUGAAUGGCGUGUGCGCUUAUCUAAAUCGACAUUGGGUUCGUCGAGAAUGUGAAGAAGGACGAAAAGAUAUUUAUGAAAUUUAUCAACUUGCACUCGUCACAUGGCGAGAUAAUUUAUUUAAAAAGCUCAAUAAGCAAGUUACUAAUGCUGUACUGAAAUUAAUUGAGAGCGAACGCAAUGGCGAUACAAUAAAUUCCAGUUUAGUUUCGGGAGUCAUUAACUGCUACGUUGAGUUAGGAUUAAAUGAAGAAGAUCCACAAGCAAAAGGACAAAAUCUAAAAGUGUACAAAGAGAGUUUUGAAAAUCAGUUUUUGCAAGACACUGAGCAAUUUUACACUCGAGAGUCUGAUGAGUUUUUGUCAGUUAAUCCUGUUACAGAAUACAUGAAGCGAGUUGAGCAGCGCUUAAAUGAAGAGAAGAAAAGAGUACAAGUUUAUUUGCAUGAGUCUACACAGUCUCCUUUGGCAAAUCGUUGUGAAACUGUAUUAAUUCAUAAACAUUUGGACGCAUUUCGGGUCGAGUUUCAAAAUUUAUUAAAUUCCGAUAAAAAUGAUGAUCUUGCUCGUAUGUAUAUGCUUGUUUCACGUACAGCAGACGGUUUAGCAGACCUAAAAGUUGCCCUUGAAAAUCAUAUUAAUAGUCAAGGCCAGCAAGCAAUUGACAAAUGUGGUGAUGCUGCAACAAAUGAUCCGAAAAUUUACGUUCAAACAAUCUUAGAAGUUCAUAUGAAAUUCAACAGUCUAGUGAUGACUGCAUUCAAUAAUGACAGUGGAUUUGUCGCAGCACUAGAUAAAGCGUGUAAUAAAUUCAUUAAUUCUAAUUGUGUGACACAAGCAAGCAAAAAUGAAAGUCGUUCGCCAGAAUUAUUGGCCAAAUAUUGUGAUAUAUUGUUGAAAAAAAGCAGCAAGAAUCCGGAAGAAGCUGAGCUUGAAGAUACACUUAAUCAUGUAAUGAUUGUUUUCAAGUACAUAACCGAUAAGGAUGUAUUUCAGAAGUUCUACAGCAAAAUGUUAGCCAAAAGACUUGUAUUUCAUAUGUCGGCAAGCGACGAUGCAGAAGCAUCCAUGAUCUCGAAAUUAAAGCAGGCAUGUGGAUUUGAAUAUACCAGCAAACUGCAGAGAAUGUUUCAGGAUAUUGGUCUCAGUAAAGAUUUAAAUGAGAAAUAUAAAAACUUUAUGAAGGAAAAUUCUCAGCUGUCAAAUCAAAUAGAUUUUAGCAUUCAAGUAUUGUCAUCUGGAUCAUGGCCCUUUGUCCAAAGCACUCCAUUUCGAUUGCCCAGUGAAUUGGAGCAGUCUUAUCAGCGAUUUAAUAGUUUCUAUUCAAAGCUACACAGUGGAAGAAAACUGAAUUGGUUGUAUAAUAUGUGUAAAGGUGAAAUUAUGACUAACUGCUUCCGAAAUCGCUAUAUCUUGCAGACAAAUACCUUUCAAAUGGCAAUUUUGUUGCAAUAUAACGACCAAACAAAAUGGACUUUUCAGCAACUGAUGGAUAACACAGGUAUAAGUUUUGAUAAUAUGCAACAAAUUCUUGGCAUUCUUCUAAAAACUCGUUUACUUGAGGCGGAUGUUGAUGAAAGUCAGUUACAACCUGAAACAGAUAUUUCACUAUACUUGGGAUAUAAGAACAAAAAAUUGCGUAUAAACAUAAAUUUCCCGCUAAAAUCAGAGCAAAAAGCAGAGCAGGAAGUAACUCAUAAGCACAUUGAGGAAGACCGCAAAAUGCUGAUUCAAGCUGCAAUAGUUCGUAUAAUGAAAAUGCGUAAAGUCUUAAAUCACACUCAAUUGGUCAAUGAGGUUUUGAAUCAACUUUCGACCAGAUUCAAGCCAAAGGUUCAAAUCAUCAAAAAAUGUAUAGAUAUUUUGAUUGAGAAGGAAUAUCUUGAACGUAUGGAAGGACAGAAAGACACUUAUAGUUAUGUUGCUUAA